CGGAAGCGCCGCGCGCGCGGCUUCUGCCCUUCCCCGGCUCUCGCGAGAUCGGCGCGGCCCCGCCCUUUCCGCGGAGCCCGGACAAGAUGGCGGAGGUGGAGCAGAAGAAGAAAAGAACCUUCCGCAAAUUCACCUACCGCGGGGUGGACCUGGAUCAGCUCCUCGACAUGUCCUACGAGCAGCUGAUGCAGUUGUACAGCGCGCGGCAGCGGCGCCGCCUGAACCGGGGCCUGCGGCGCAAACAGCACUCGCUGCUCAAGCGGCUGCGCAAGGCCAAGAAGGAGGCGCCGCCCAUGGAGAAGCCCGAGGUGGUGAAGACCCACCUGAGGGACAUGAUCAUCCUGCCGGAGAUGGUGGGCAGCAUGGUGGGCGUCUACAACGGCAAGACCUUCAACCAGGUGGAGAUCAAGCCCGAGAUGAUCGGCCACUACCUGGGCGAGUUCUCCAUCACGUACAAGCCGGUGAAGCACGGCCGGCCCGGCAUCGGGGCCACCCACUCCUCCCGCUUCAUCCCGCUCAAGUGAAUAAAGACCUUCCUCCUGGA